AUGUUCGGCCGGGCCGCGGCCGAUGGAGUUGACGUCUCUCAGCUCUUAAGUAACACUGUUGGCCCCAUGCCCAACUAUCGUUUUCAAUUCCUGUUGCAAAUGGCGCUAGAGAUGUGUGCCGAGCUCAAGUCGAUGGGCUCCUCGCUAGUGUCCAUCAAGGAAAUGAAGGGCACCGAAGCGCUGGCGAACCUUUGUGCAUGUCAGGACAAGGUGAUUCAGUGGUUGAUGAUUGAAAUGAAGAAUACGGCAAAGGAAGCCGACGCGAGCAUUGAUGUCCUUCUUGAAGCGCGCAAGGCCCAGGUGGCCAGGUUAGAAUACUACCUCACACUCACGGGGUGUGACGACUAG